CCCAUCAAUAGACUUCAAUACCCUAAAUUUGCAGUAGUUAUGGAGCAUGAGCGGCUUGGUGCUAGCUAUCCCGGUAUGUGGCGGCUUCCAACUAAUCCGCGCCGUUGUUGCAUUUAUCGAGUUCCUACAUCUCUGCGUGAAAUAAGCAAUGAAGCCUACACCCCUCGCCUGGUUCUGAUCGGUCCUCUUCACCAUGCUUUGAAAGCUGAAUCUCGCCGGUCUCUCAGGAAUACACUAGACGCUAAAUCCAUCGAUUACUUGAAUACCGAGGAGAUCAAGAAGCUAUACCUAUCUGAAUUCUCAGGUAUGCUUCCACGUCUGGGAAAGACCAUUGAUCAGUUUAUAAAAACCAUCCAGCAACAAGAACAGGCCAUCAGAGACUCCUACUCAGAGUCUACAUCAUGGAUUAACUCCCGAGAGUUUUGCGACAUGAUCUUAAGUGAUGCUGUGUUCAUUUUAAUGUUUUCAUGGAAGUGUUCACUAGAUCUAACAGCAAGAAAAGGAAAAACAGUAGCAAAGAGAUCUGGGGACCCUCUUCUGGAUGUGCCUUGUCUUGAAUACACUAUCAAGCGAGAUUUACUCUUACUCGAGAACCAACUGCCUUUCUACAUACUCCAUAUGCUCUUCCAUGCGAUCGUCCCAGCUCUCUUCCCAGACUAUUCAUUCCACGAAUUAGUCAUGCUCCUUUUCUUUUCUCACCAAAAAAGGGUUCUUCACGCCCAGACUUUUCUACAUUUUACUGAUCUAAUGAGGGGUGUACACGUGUUUUCACUUCCUGAGCGUGAUCUAACAAAACAACAAGCCAUCAAAAGUAUGCCUUGCGCAGAUCAAUUACGCAGCAUGGGAGUAAAGUUCCAGGCCGUGAAAGAAGACUUCUCAAUCAAUGUCAGAUUAGAGAAUGGUUGUUUGAAGAUUCCUACUCUAUGCGUUGAUGAUCAUUUUGAGGCGACUCUCAGAAACUUGGCGGCGCUUGAGCAGUGCUACUACCCUCAUGCUCCACACGUCUGUAACUAUUUAGCUUUCAUUGAUUUCCUCAUCGACACUGAUAAAGACACUGAAUUGCUUGCUAAGAAAGGUAUAAUAACCGGUAUGCUUGGGAAGCCUAGUUUGGUGGCUGAGAUGGUGACUAAGCUUGGUCGCGGCAUCUACGUGGAUACACCUUCCUGUUAUUCGGGCAUUGCUAAUCGAUUGAAUGCUUACUACAAUAACCGGAUCAACAAAUCAUGUUCACUCAUCCGGACUGUGUGUUCGAUCAUCCAAGUUAAACCGAAAUGAGUUGGGUAGUAAAUUAGUCUUAUGAAGAACCUAGUCUAGUCUUUAUGUCAUCUCAUUUUCCAUCCCCUGGAACUUUAUUCGUAGCAUGAUAACAAUCUUGCUAUAAAUAUUCUUGGGUAUA